AUGAGACGCCUUCUCACAUCCCUCGGCUCCUCCUCUUCCUCCUCCCUGCUGCCCAAGCGUAUUCUCCCUCCUCCACGCAACAUCAUGACAUCUGCCUCUUCGUCUUCUGCCACGCGCUGGGCGACGCAUCGAGCCGACCGGAUCCACGCGGAGCUCAACGCCGGCCUAGACGUAUGGACGCUCUUCAACCCAGUCGUAUUUCCGACCGCCAUCAACCUCGGUCAAGGGUUCAUGAACUGGCAACCGCCCUCGUACAUCCUCGAUACGCUCACCAAGGAGUUUCAGGAGCGCGUGGACCUGCACCACUACUCGCACCCCAAAGGCCGACCGCGCUUGAGGCAGGCCAUCAGCGAUGCGUAUUCGGCCGAGUUUCGCUUGCCUGCUGGUGCAGCUGAGGCGGACGGUGUAGGAAAAGUGGGCGAGCAGAGGGAAGCUAGCGGGCGCAAGCUGGACAUCGAGACAGAGAUUCAGAUCACGAGCGGUGCCAAUGGCGGCAUCUACUCUGUCAUGGGUGCGUUCAUCAACGAUGGCGAUGGCGUGGUCUGCAUCGAGCCCUUCUUCGACCAGUACAACGCGGAGAUCCUCUUCCAUGGCGGCACUCCGCUCUAUGUGCCCCUGCUGCCCCCAUCCUCCUCCACCACUUCGUCCGGCCAGAUCGACUCGAACGAAUGGACACUCGACCUCUCGCACCUCGAAUCCGUGCUCUCGCAACCCUCUACGAAGGCGCUCAUCCUCAACACGCCGCACAACCCCGUCGGCAAGGUGUUCUCCCCCGCCGAGCUGGGCAAGAUCGCAGAGCUGUGUGUCAAGUACGACAUUCUCGUGGUCGCCGAUGAGGUGUAUGAUUGCCUGACGUUUGACGGGAACAAGCACACACGCAUUGCGUCGUUUGCGGGCAUGUGGGACCGCACCGUCACCGUUGGGUCCGCGGGCAAGUCGUUCGCAUGCACGGGCUGGCGCGUCGGAUGGCUCGUCGGGCCGAACCACCUCAUCGGACCUUCACGAGCCGUGCACACGCGCAUCACGUUCGCCGUUAACUCGUCCGCCCAGGAAGGCGCCGCGAUCGGGUUGGAGUCUGCGGCCGAGCACGACUUUUUCGCCAAGCAGUGCGACCAGUACGCCGAACGACGCCAGCUCCUAAGCAAAGCACUGGACGACAUCGGCCUGCGCUACACCGUCCCCCACGGUGGAUACUUUAUCAUGGCCGAUGCGUCCGCCAUCCAGAUCCCCGACGACUGGGUCGCACAGAACAACGUCCCCGAAGGGAUUCUGAAGAAGGAGGAAGAUUACCUCAAAGCCUGGUUCAUCGCCAAGAUCUGCGACGUCGUCGUGAUCCCCGCAACCGCGUUCUACUCGGACAAAGGCGGCGCCGAGAUCGGCAAAAAUUACGUCAGGUUCAGCUUCUGUAAGGACAACCAGAUUGAGUUGGCCGCACCCAGAUUGAAGAAGUUGAUCCCGUACCUCAAGAAGACCGAUUAG